GUGCAAGGAAGGCACUGAUAUCACUGCCGAGUGCCGUAGAAUGCAGAUUUUUGUCCGGACCGACCGGACUCACCUCCUUGAGGUGAGUCCGGCACAGACCGUCGCCGAUGUAAAGGCUGCUGUGGAGGCCAUUCAGGGCCUGGAGGCAGCUGAGCAGCGCAUCCUGUUGAAUGGCGUCCAGCUGGAGGACAGCCAGGUGCUGGCUGAGGCUGGUGUCAGCGACGACAGCACGCUGAUGUGCCUGCUGCGCCUCUUGGGUGGUGCCAAGAAGCGCAAGAAGAAGACGUACACCAAGCCGAAGAAGCAGAAGCACAAGCACAAGAAGAUUAAGCUCCGGGUGCUGAAGUUCUACAAGGUGGACGACUCGGGCAAGGUGCAGCGUCUGCGGAAGCAGUGCCCGAACUGCGGCCCCGGCACUUUCAUGGCAACCCACUUCGACCGUGUGUACUGCGGCAAGUGUGCCAACACCUUCGUCUACGAGGGUGGAGCUCCGGCGGGUGCCCCGAAACCCAAGCCGGCCGCUGCACCCGCUGCUGCUGCUCCUGAGGCUCCAGCCGGCAAGGGUGGAAAGAAGGGCAAGAAGUAGGCUUUUAUAUGAGGCACUAAGGCACUACUAAUUGCAAUUCCCCUGCUCCUUUAGAAGCGGAGUUUUUAUGUAACAGCCUGGCAUAAAUCC